CACCAUGGGCAGUAGCGGGUAUCGGUGGCGGGUGCUGCGUCAGUCCGGAGAGGAGGGACGCAGGCACCUCGGACCGUUACCCUCUCCGACUCUGCUGCUGCUGCUGCUGGGAUGCUGCUCUCUAGCGAUCCUCACAGGAUCAGCAAAUGGUGCGAAUCAGCCGACCCUGUGUGAACGAAAUAUUUGCAAAAAUAAUGGUAAAUGUUACCUCAUGGAAACCAGUAUACCGUAUGACUGGCCACCACCUAUUACGACUACGUCGACUUAUCCAACCAGCACGAUGCAAACUACUACACCAACACCUAAUGCACCGACAGAUCCACCCACCUCGACAGAGCCAACCACGACAGAGGCACCAACCACGACACAGGCACCAACCACGACACAGGCACCAACCUCGACAGAGCCGAGCACGACAGAGCGAAGCACGACAGAGCCAACCACGUCCACGACAACACCAACCACGUCAGAGUCAACAACUUUCACAUCGACUGAGGCAAUGACGAGCACUUCUGACGAACCUUUCCCAUACUCUUCAUCGCCGUCUUAUUUCUCGGGAAUUAGAAGGCGCCGCAGGAGCCGCCGGCGUCGCUCAGCCCCCACGUCCACCCAUUCGUCGGACGGAAGCAUCCUCAAGAUUAUCCGCGGUCUCCUGACACCGAAGGUAUGGGAGCUGGAUGCGGGUGCAACAGACUAUUCCUACGAAGAUGACGAUGACGAAUUGGUGUAUGAGAGCGACGGCGAGAGCAUGAUGGCGGAGGCUCGACCUUUGAUCAUGCCGCCGAUGGUCUCGCAGCAGGCGGCGGGCCAGAGCUGUUACUGCGGCCAGGGAUAUGACGGCGAAAACUGCGCCGGCACCGAAGGUAACGAACAAGAAUACACGCUUUGUCGGGACCAGAAACUCGGAGGACAAGGCAACCAGCUUAUCCUGGAUUUCGCCAUGCUGGGUCUGCUGCCGUGGGAUAUCAUCGAUCCUCAGGAGGGCUGCCCCUCCCCCGACGUAAAGCCCCCGGAUGACUCGGACGGGUGCCUGGUGCCCUCCGGUGCGGCAACACUUCGCUAUUGGUGCCAGGGUAAAACCGAGUGCAAGCCGAGUAUCGCCUUUCUCAAGGACCUCGGCCCGGACUCGUGCUUAUUCGCCGAGGGCGACUCGCUGCCGAUGUGGCUGUACCUGCGGUACCGGGAGGACACCACCCACAGCGUCACCGAGUGCCGACAGGACGGCACCUACGACCCGUCCACUCGCACCUGUUACACAGUGACCAGCUUACCGGGCGGCUGGCACGACCAGCGCGCCGCGUGUCGCCGACAGGGCGGCGAGAUGUUCUGGGACGUGCACAGCUCCGUGUUCGCCACCUUCCUCAGUCAACUAGUCGCUGACACCGGCAGGAAUAUCACCGAGCUGUGGGCGAUGGGCGAGUCGCUUUCGGAGGCACGUCCGGUGUUGAACCUCACCUCUGAGGCGUACCCGGCCAACGUGGACUCCUGUGUGUCGCUGACUGAGCCAUCCUGUUCGCGGUCGGCCAACAAACACACUGUGUGCGCGCUGCCGCCCUGGCCCAGCCAGGUCAUUCCCAACUGCCCGGAGGUCACAUUCGAGCAGUUCGACCUGACGUUUCCCGAGACGAAGCCCGGGAAAACGGUGAGCCAGCCGUGUGGCGCCGGCUACACGGGCUCUGCCAGCUACAUGUGCGGCGUGGACGGACAGUGGAGCUCGCAGUACCCCGACCUCUCAGGAUGUCAUUCGGAAAAAAUAAACACCGAUGACGCCAAAAACCGUCUGGACAACGGAACCGAGCCCGUCUCGGACAUCGUCUCCGACCUGGCUUCCAACGUCACUGAGCAGACGUCACAGAACAAGCCGCUGACGUCGGGUGACGUCAUCAACUCUGUGCAGCUGCUGCCACAGAUGGUGUCCGCUCAGCAGGCCCAGCUCAGCGGACAGGCCGACCAGGACAAGGAGGUCGUGAGCCAGUAUGUAAACAAUAUCACCUAUUUGGUGGGCGAGCUGACCCGACAGGAAGAGUCGUGGCACUCGAUGCCUCGCGCCAACCGAUCGCUCACCUCCUCGACGCUACAGACCAAUGUGGAACAGUCGGCCUACCUGCUGGCGCCCUAUCUCAACGACACACACGCAGACUUUAACUACGACACAAUCCGUGUGCGCACGGGUCGGUAUACAUCACUGGAAGGUAACCUCGAGUACCGCACACAGCAAGGGUCCACUGUGACGCUGCCAGACGAGGUCGGCAGGUUCAACGAUAGCGGCAACACCACCAUCGUCUUCGUCGAGUACGGCAACAUGGACUGCCUGCUUCAGAGUCAGGAGUGCAGAACGUCAGACCAAUGGUAUGCCCAGGAGAACUUGGAGUUUCCCGAGUUUGUCAACUCUCCGAUGAUCAGCGCGAGUGUCGAUAACGUCUCGGUGGAGUUUAAUACCUCGAGUGUCACACUCCGGUUUCAAACUCGGCUCUCGGCGAGACAGUUCAACCUCUCCAACGUGCAGUGUGUGUUCUGGAACAACUCCAUCAGCCGGUGGUCGGACAAUGGGUGCCGAGUGGGUGCGGUGACCAAUGACAGCGUGGAGUGUUUCUGCGACCACCUGACCAGCUUUGCCACCCUGAUGGACAUCAACGGCAUCAUCCAGGAGGGAUCGCCGCUGGACCUGGUGCUGGGCUGGCUGACCACCCUCGGUUGUGUGCUGAGCCUGCUCUGCCUGGCUGCCUGCCUUCUGGUGUUCACUGCCAUCCCAGCUCUCCGCCGCGACGCCUCACUGGACGGCUACCGACAGGCCAUCAUGAGUCAGCGGCUCGCCAUCCACCGCAACCUCUGCAUCUGCCUGUUCGCCGCCGAGUUCAUCCUGCUCGUCGGACUGGAACCGCACGGGAAUGAAACAGGAUGCGCUGUGGUCGCUGUGCUUUUGCAUUUCCUUUUCUUGGCGGCCUUCGUUUGGAUGUGCAUCGAAGGAAUUCAAAUAUGCAUACAGUUGUAUCUAGGUUUAAGUGUAAAAGGCUACUACAUGCGGCAAUACUACAUGAUUGGCUACGGCGUGCCUGCAGUUAUUGUCAUAGUCUCUCUUUCUAUCACGAAAGGGGAGGGAUACGGCACAGAACUUGCAUGCUGGCUCAGCGUCGAGAACGGACUGAUCUGGGCGUUCGCUGGUCCUGUGCUGGUGGUGCUGACGGUGAACGUUGCUGCCCUCGCUUUGGCGAUGCUCCAGAGGUGCACCAAGGGCAGGAGUCACGUGACGAUGCAGCCCUGGAUCGGCUCGGCUUCCCUAGUUGUCAACCUGGGGCUCACAUGGCUGUUUGGGUUCCUCUACUUCAAUAAUGGACUUUCAUUCUUUGCAGUCGUCUUUACAAUCUUGAACUCUCUACAAGGAUUUUUCAUAUUCGUAUUCCUUGUGCUGCUGAACGAUAAGAAUCGAACAGAGGCGCAGCGAGCCCUGUGGAGAGCAACGAACCGAGUGGGUAUCACGGACAUUGACCUGUCGGCGCGGCCGAACGUGGGCGUUCAGCGACACCGCUCCAUGGAUAAAGUGUCGCCGUUUCCCGACCCCAGCGAGCGAGAUCAGGAGAGAGAGGAGCGGCCGGGCAGACUCGACAGGGCCGGUGACAUGGUGCUGCGCGUGGUAACACGGAUCAGAGCGGAUGUCAGUCGCUAUUCGCUGAAACGGGUCCACGAGGAAGACAAUGCGACUCCGUCGCCUGGCGACCACGAGACUCUGCGUAAACUCGAGUCCACGGACCCCGCCGUCGUGGGACGAGGAGGCUGGUAGAACUCGGCUAGUAGAACUCGGAGGCUGGUAGAACACGGAGGAGGCUGGUAGAACUCGGCUACUGUGGCUGGCUGAAUCCCGCUGGAGUCAUCAGUGCUCAGAAUGGAUAUAAUCACAGUCACCGAAGUGAAUAUACUGAGAGUUAGGUGUAGUAUCGAGAGAUGUGAGACAUGCGUGUUCUUUUUAUAGACAAUUGCGGUCUUCUUUGAGGCAUGGUAUUGUUUGGAUAGGUGUCAGCUAGUAUCUGUCAGCAUUUUAUCAUGGCAGAACUUUGUAACCAAUGAAAUGAUUUACUUACCUGACAUCAAACAUGCAUUACACUAGCAUAUCACCAGACACCAAUGUUAAUUGUGUAUGCUGUCAGUGGCGGAUCCAGGGGGAGGGGGGGGCAAAAUGGGCAUUCCCCCCAAACGGCAUAAUUUUAACAUUACGCCUAUGGACGAUGCAUGGAAAGAAUCGAUAAAUUGUUAUGGUUUGCCCCCCCCCCCCAAAAAAAAAACUGAGCUGGAUCCGCCCCUGUAUGCUGUAUGCUAGUCGGUGGUAUUGGGUAUACUUAUAGGCAUAUAUGAAGGUUGUAUGUGAAUGUAAUAUGUGACCGAAAAAAAAAUAUUCAACAGUACUGCAUACCUGA